AUGUUCAGAAAGGAUUGCGUUUACGCGAGAGUGGAGCGGUUGUUGUAUUCCGUGUCUUUUUUUAUUUUAUUUCAGGCCUUUAGAAUGGACGAAAAUGUAAAACAGAAUCAAGGCACGUCCGCACAACCAUCUUCGGAGAAGCCCGGGCCCUCUAAAAAGGAGGACGACAAUGCAAGAUUUGAGUGCAAUAUUUGCUUGGAUACGGCUAAGGAUGCUGUGGUUUCCAUGUGUGGCCAUUUGUUUUGCUGGCCUUGUCUCGUACAGUGGCUGGACACGAGGCCAAAUCGCCAACUUUGUCCUGUUUGCAAAGCUGCCAUAAGUAAAGAUAAGGUUAUCCCGCUCUAUGGUCGAGGAGGUGACAAUACUGAUCCACGUGAGAAAAUGCCUCCCCGCCCGAGAGGUCAACGAACAGAAGCGCCACAACAGGGUUUUCCUGGAUUCCAAUGGGGCGAUGGAGGACCGGGAGGUGGUGUACAGUUUUCUUUAGGAAUUGGCGUUUUCCCUUUGUCUUUCUUCACAACCUGGUUCAAUGCACCACAAGAUCCACGUCCAGCUGCACCUCAACAGGGUUCUCGCCAAUAUCAAGAAGAGCAGUUUCUUUCUAACGUGUUUCUAUACCUUGGUGUUUUCUUCGUUUUAUGGCUUGUAUUCGUUUAA